AUGCAGUUCUCCACUGGUGCCCUCUUCGCCCUCGCCGCCUCGGUGGCCUCGGCCGACCUGGUCUUCCACGUCUCUGACUUCUCGGCCGCCUGCAUCCCCCACAGCUCCCAGUGCUCCUACUCCUUCGGCGUUGUCAAGAUCGGCGCCGGCGAGACCACCCCCGUCGAGUGCUCGGCCAUGCUGACCUCCAACGGCGAGCUGCCCGAGGUCACCGACGGCACCUGCAAGGACUCCUCGCGCACCUGGACCAUCACCAAGUUCUCCGACAGCCACGCCAGCGGCUACGAGCUGUCCGUCUCCGAGCAGGUCACCCCCAGCUCCAGCCUCACCGGCCGCUACGACCUCUUCUCCGGCACCUUCGAGAUGCAGCAGACCGGCGCCUCCACCCAGCAGGUCUACGUCGGCGAGGAGACCGAGUUCGACCUCGCCAACUAA